CCUCGCGCGUGCGGGAGGGGUUGGAAGGGAGAGACGGAGAGGAUGUGAAUGGGGAGGGGGCACUCGUCCCCUUCCCCCACCCUUCCCUUCAGCCGGGCUGGGGUGGGGGGAGGGGCCGGAUUGAGGCGCGGCGGCGGCGCUUCGGGAGGGCAGGGCCAAGCAAGGGCGCGACUGGCCCGCUACUGGCGGACCGGAGAGCCGCGGACUAACGGGUCUGGACGCGGGCGGCGGCAGCAGCGGCUUUCUGCACGGGCGGAGGCGGCGGCAGGAGCGGCGAGCAUGGCCCGCGCGGCGCCCGGCGCUGACUGAGUUCCAGGGUCGUGCUGCGGCAGCCUGGCGCCUGACGAGUGAGGGGGACCUGCCAGGGGAUUACUGCUGGCGCGAGCUUCGGCAGGACAGACUGGCCUCGGGGCAGCCACCGAGCCCAGACCAGCAGCUCCAGGAAGGAGGCCUGGGCCCUGGUGGGGAGCGCUCCGCACACUCUGCUGACCCAGCUGGCUUGGAUGCAGUGCUCGGCGAGCAGCAGCUGUUCCCAGCCCCGGAGGACCCCACAGCAGGAGUAGGUGCUCCGUGACCCCUGCCCCGUGGCAGCUGGAGUGUGAGCGCCACUUGGAUGAAGAGAGCGGCACUUGGAUGGGACGCAGUGGGGUGGAAGCCAGCACCAGGAGAUCUUGGUCUCUGCGGCAGUUACAGGGCUUCUGGGUUCCCUUCUGUCACGGGGAGGGGAGCCUGCUUCCCCUGCCCUGGCAGCCAGGUUGGGAAGGGCUCUCGCAGGGAAUGCGGCCCCUUGCACCUGAGUGCGCUCUGCUGUGAUCAGAGCUCCGGGGCUUCCCCGCUGCGGGGCACGAGGGCCUGCCUCAGCGUCUGCUCAUGAGCCACAAGGACCCCAACUGCUCCACACUGGACCUUUUCAAGCCACCAAAGAGGGGAAACUCCGGAGCUGACAGCCGGCGAUCUCAAGGGACUAGAGAGCUGGCAUGGACUGACCUCGCCCUCACCAGGGCGGCAGGAGAAGCAGAGCCCUUGUGGCCCAGCUAGUGACAGAGACACCGAUGAAGCCCUAAGCAGGGGCCACCGUGGCUCAGGGACAGGGGUGCCACUCCUGCCAGCGAGCUUUCUCUUUACAUAGAGGGAGGGACGGCUGGCGAGGGUCUCCUGCCACAGCACGCGCCCCUAUGCCCUUUGCACGUACUGUCCGAGCAGGCAGGCUGCGCCGUGGCCAGCCCUUCGGUGGACUGGGGAAGGAGUGGCCGCGGUGACAGCCACCUGCCCGCCAAAGCCAUGAAGUGCUCCCUGCGGGUGUGGUUCCUCUCGGUGGCCUUCCUGCUGGUGUUCAUCAUGUCCCUGCUGUUCACCUACUCGCACCAUAGCAUGACCACCCUGCCCUACCUGGACUCCGGGGCCCUGGGCGGGACGCACCGGGUGAAGCUGCUGCCCGGCUAUGCUGGCCUGCAGCGCCUCAGCAAGGAGGGCCUCUCCGGCAAGAGCUGUGCCUGCCGCCGCUGCAUGGGUGACACCGGCGCCUCCGAUUGGUUUGACAGCCACUUUGACAGCAACAUCUCCCCCGUCUGGACGCGCGAGAACAUGGACCUCCCUCCAGAUGUCCAGAGGUGGUGGAUGAUGUUGCAGCCCCAGUUCAAGUCACACAACACCAACGAGGUGCUGGCGAAGCUGUUCCAGAUCGUGCCUGGCGAGAACCCCUAUCGCUCCCGCGACCCGCAGCAGUGCCGGCGCUGUGCCGUGGUGGGGAACUCGGGCAACCUGCGGGGCUCCGGCUACGGGCAAGACGUGGACGGGCACAACUUCAUCAUGAGGAUGAAUCAGGCGCCAACCGUGGGCUUUGAGCAGGAUGUUGGCAGCCGGACUACGCAUCAUUUCAUGUACCCUGAGAGUGCCAAGAACCUGCCUGCCAACGUCAGCUUCGUGUUGGUGCCCUUCAAGGCCCUGGAUCUGCUGUGGAUUGCCAGUGCCCUGUCCACAGGGCAGAUCCGAUUCACCUACGCGCCAGUGAAGUCCUUCCUUCGAGUGGACAAAGAGAAGGUCCAGAUCUACAACCCAGCCUUCUUCAAGUACAUCCACGACAGGUGGACGGAGCAUCAUGGGCGGUACCCUUCCACGGGGAUGCUGGUGCUCUUCUUCGCCCUGCACGUGUGCGAUGAGGUGAACGUGUACGGCUUCGGGGCCGACAGCCGCGGCAACUGGCACCACUACUGGGAGAAUAACCGGUACGCGGGCGAAUUCCGGAAGACGGGCGUGCACGACGCGGACUUUGAGGCCCACAUCAUCGACAUGCUGGCCAAGGCCAGCAAGAUCGAGGUCUACCGAGGUAAUUGAGCUGGGCUCGCAGCGACCCUUCUCGCUCAGCCGCGCGUCGCUGAGGCCCGGCCCUCGCCUGGGCGUCGCCAGGCAAUCGGGAACAGGCGGCGUGGCCUGGACCAAUCAUGCUGCCGUUUAGGGAGCGCUUGCUGUCCUCCGCCAAUCACGAGACUUUGGGGGCUGGCCCGGGCCUGGCACCAAUCAACGCUGCAGUCGGGCGGAGCUUCUGUGUCUCCUAGCCAAUCAUGCGACUCAAGGAGAACUUCCGGCAUUGGGACCCGUCUCCUCCAAUCAAUGGCCUUGGGAGGCGGGCCGGCGGCCGGUCAAUCCCCAUCCCUUCUGCUUUUGAUAGGAUUUUGUUUUCCCGCUUUUUAAAAUGUAGAGGUUGCUUGGGCCUCGAUGGAGUACUUUUCUCAGGCUCGACGAGAGGAGCGCCUCGGUUGCUGGCCGGCGGGUUCCAGCGGGGGCCCCGGGAGGGGGUGGCGGGGCGGCGUCGGUGAGGCCGGCCGGGUGCGGCCCGGCGGCGCGCGUCCCGCGCAGGUCGUUUCUCAGGUCCCCGCCGGCCGCUCUGGCCAGUCUCACCGCAGUGCUUCCGCAAGGGGCUCUUCGGAGCGUUGAGGAGAUGAUACACAAUGCAAUUAUGCCAAACAGUAUUGAGCAGAAUAAUUUAUUUCUUUUUUGUUCCUUUUUCUUUGGUUUAAACCGUUAAUCCCCAUUCUGGAAGACGUAGGUCCCAGCACUCAGCCCAGGUCACCUUUUCUGCAAUAGUUACACAUUUUUUAUUUCCUUUCCUUUCUCUUUCUGAAUUAAAAAAAAGAACACACGAAAA